GUGCCCUUUUUUGAUUUUCAUUUCUUUGCGAGUUUUUACCAAGAUGUCGUCAACGCGAAAAACUCGUUGACUCUGAGGAUGCUGGCGUUACUUGCUUUUGCUCUACCGCCCGCAGGAGUGGCGAGUUCAUCUUCUGGCAUCCUACCAGAUCCCUUACCGCCCGCAGAAGUGGCGAGUUCAUCUUCUGGCAUCCUACCAGAUCCGCCCUUCAAGAAGCCAGUUUCUGUAGGUCGUGCAGGCCUUUGUAUCGAUGACUCACCUGGCCAUUACGACUUUCACACCAGGAUACGGAGUAAGUGCUGCUACCACUCAGUCGAGGCCAUGGUUGAGGCGUGGGAAGAAAGAUAUGGAUGAACUUUCUACACUUAUUAUAAGGUGAGACCUCUGGGGCUGACAGGACCACGACAGCGCCGGCGCUUAGUUAGUAGUAGAUAUGUUCUUGCCUGACUUUUCUCGUUUCGGUUUUUGUUUUUUCUAGUUAGAUAUGCUCCACCAACCUUAUUAUAGAAAAACCAUCUCCUUCAUGACAGGGUCGCUCGUCCCCUAAGUACCAGCAUCAUAGCACCAUAUGCAAUCUAAAAAGAGGAAUGCUAGCAAUGCACUAAAAAAGAGACUAUGAUGCUGGAUGAAACUUAUGCAAGAAUGGUUCUCUUCAUUCUCUAACAUUAUCGCAAAAAUGAGAGCCUCCAGCAGAGUAGCGAAGUUUAUACUAGCGACGUGCAUGAACGGGAGGCUCUGGAGGGCGUCCCUACUGGAGGUGAGCAGAUAUAUGCGGAACGACUGACGUCUGAUAAGCAUGGAUCGCGGGAGAGGUGUACUUCAGAAGUGUUAGUCUCUGCAGCUGACACAAAUGUAAUGAGACCACUAAGAGCGCAAGUACGACUAGUGGGGGUGUCGAUCUUGGUAUCGCCCGCCAUCUGGUCUCUAGGGUGGUCGAGAAUGACCAUAACAGGGGCACAUACAUACAUACUAGAAGACCCCGCUAACUGCCUGUUGUAGGUACUAACUCAGAACAAAGGUUUUCGUUUUUCAUCAAGAUCCGUCUGCAAUAACAAAAUAAAGGUACUAUCGUGAGACGAUCUCCCAUUUGCAUUCUGGGUUUUGCGCAGCAGUAGAAUCCGAAGAAGAGACCGCUUUUACAGGAGAGCCUCCAUGGCAUGGGCGUUGGGAGGAAUGUCGGACGGACAUUUCACUUUCCUCAAGUCCUCAUGGUACAGCUGGAACGCUGGAAGCAUCCUCGGAUGCUACCUCGAUUGAAUCUAAUUCACA